AUGGCGAAAGACGAAGUUGCUCGGCACAUCACAAUUGACGAGAGCGAGCCCUUUGGCUUCCAGAUCAAUCACCAUGGUUUCUUCCCGUGGGAUCACAGUCUGGACGAAGACGAAGACGAACGGUUGUUCAACUUGGUCGCAACAAGGAACCUCUGCACAGUAGAUGAAGAUCUGGGACCGGGCUGA